AUGGUUAACAUACCACAAAUAAAGACACCCUCACGAGGAUCAUUCAAGCUAAAGCGGUAUCAUGGAUACCAGGUCCUCCUCUUCAUAUUUGGUACCAUAUUUCCACCGCUAGCUGUCGCAGCUCGCUUCGGCAUUGGAUCAGACUUCUUCCUCAACCUCGUACUCACCCUCUGCGGGUACAUCCCCGGCCACGUGCACAACUUUUAUAUCCAGAACAUCCGCAAUAACAAGAACAAUCGCCGCACGCCCAAGUGGGCCAUCCGCUACGGUCUUGUGAGCGACGAGCAUAUCAAGAAGAGCAAGCGCAAGAGCGCGUGGGCGAAUAGAUAUGAGGAACGUCUGCCUCAGAGCACGUACGAAGGACGCGAGGUCGAGGAUGGGCAGGUGCCUGACCCUGCUUCCCGGCCGGAUAGUAUGGGCAGCACUGGUAGCACAGGCAACGGAGCUGCCGUGAGAAGAAGUGACAGUCGAGGGAACACUCUCUGGAGGGAGGAUGAUGAGAGCUUCUAUUCGAAUACUGAAGAGACGACCACCACAGGGAGAUGGCAUUAUCCUGCCAAUUUCGAGGACACGGAAAUAGUUCCUGAUGUCUCCCGCAAGCGCAAGAAGAAGAAGUCUACCCGCUCUAAGCGUGACCGUUGGGAACGGUCUGAGGACGCGUACGCAGCCGCAGCCGCGCCACCCAAGAAACGCAAGUCAACACGCCGGAGGAGCGGGAGCGAGGGCGCCGAUGGGCCGGAGGACCCGCUCGGUGCUCAUUAUGGACGUGCUGGAGAUGGAGAAAGGCAAAGAUCAGACAGCUUGGGCGAGAAUGGGGGGAGCUUUGGGGAGAGCGAGAUGAAUGGAGCGGCUGUGGGGGCAACCCAGAGAGACCCGCUCGCACACGAUUUCUAGCAGUGCUCACCCACGACUUUCGGUGCGCUCGCGCCUCCUGCCACAUCCGCUGUCGUCGUCCGCGAGCCUGUUGGACCUCCCUGUCUAUGUUGUGCUAUUCUCUUCGCUCUUCUCUUACGAGUGUCCUGCAAUUGGCCGGCCCAGACUUCAAGACGCGACCAGCGCAACCAGCCACGUUGGUCUAACUCGGUCCCAUGCACGCUGUCCUUGUCCUGCGACCUCCUUUCUCCACUGUCAAUCAAGUAUCCAUAUGCCGAACCUGUCAUCCCAUCGAUGCAUAUUUCAGCCUUCCUCUUCGGUCCAAAUCCCAGUUAAAGUCUUAUUAUUCCGGGUUUCUUUCAUUCACCUUAGCAGUUGGUCUGUGACUCCUUCCUUGUGGUGAUCCCUUCGUUUGCACCUGUUCUACCGUUUGUUUUGUAGCUUGCACCUUUCCCGUUCCUCUGCUUGUGUUAUUUACCCCCUUUGUUC